UCUAAAGUUAUAUAUUUAAUUACUAACUCUUUCUCACAAAUGAGACGCUAACCUUUCCCUAUUACUAACUCUUUCUCACAAAUGGCUUCUGUGCAAUAUGGUUUGGAUCAGGGCAUGGAGACUUUCAACGAUGAGCUUAUGAUCAUGUCGUUCUUGGAAGAAGAAUUGCCCUCUGAAAAUCAUAACAGCGUUAACGAAGAGGAAGAAGAGAAACUAAACCGCGUGAUUAGAUCGUUAGAAGUGGAGAUCAACAUGAGUUCUCCGACCAUAGAAUCUCAAAAAACGGAUCUGCAAGAGAUCGCAAAGCCCGGUCUUGAAGAUGAUUUCGGGUGGCUUAACGACUUUGAUAUUGGUCUGGUUUCGUCUCAGAACGAUGAUGAGAUGACGAACUGGUGUAUGGAACUUUCUUACAUGGAUGGUAUGGAUAGUAGUGUUCUUGAGAUUGAAGGUAGUGAUUAUUAUUCUCAUGUUAACUAUGGACUUACAUUUGAGGAACCAAAUCUUACUUUGUGGCAAGAGAAUAAUAAUGAUGUAGUUAUGUUUAAUUGGUUUUCGAGAAGUCCUGAUAUAACAAAAGCUGUUUCAGUAUCAGUUGAUUAUAUAAAUAAUGUAAUGAUCACUUGAGAAGACUAAUUACCAAAACUAGCAUAUGUAUCAA